CAGAAUUAAGCCCGUACUUCUUCCCGUCCCACUUCUCUCGGUCUUCUCAAACCUCGUACAGCCGACUACCGACUACCGACUACCGACCACCGCCGCGCUGACAAUAGAUCCCCCACCGACCUCCGUCGACGCCACCCCUUCUCCCUCGCAGGCUCCUCUCUCUCUCUCUCUCUCUCUCUCUUGAAGAAUCAGGCAACAUCGUCGAUGGGUUAGAGGUGUUUCUUCUGGGCUUUAUUCUCUGAAUCUGUGAAGAAGAGAGUACAGGUGAUUCGUAUGUCUCUCGAUCAAACUUUCAAGCCUCGAUUCAGCAGCAUCUCCAUCUAUCAUCGUCGUCAAUCUAAUCACCAUUUUUGCAGACCCGUCUUUCAUUGAGGACCAUCGACUCAGUCUGGUAAACAAACACUGGUUAGGAAUCUGGAUUCUUUAGGGGACUUAGAGCUGGUUCUUGGUCCCCACAAAUAUGAGCAGCUCCGAAUUGGGGAAUCUCCUUGUAUGAGGGGAGAUGAUGAGCACUAGGAUACACACCCCAUUUCUAGUGUUUACACUUGAAAGCUCUGUAAAUAAUAGAGGAAACAAUGGAAAUUUAGUUUAUCGGGAUAAUAAGGUAAUAUUAACCAAAAAAGGGGCUUUCCGCCAGUGUACUUGUUGUGCAAAGAAACAUAAUUGGAUCUCUGAGGGAAUUAAGUUCUCUCAUUUUUGUGGAAGAAGUGUUGACUUGUUAUGGAAGAACCUAGGGUGGAGAGGUAGUUUGGUUGUGAAACGUGUAACGGAGCCCUUCUCUAGGGACAAGGCUCUUGUUCGGUCUCUGUCUCCAUUAUGGGAAGAAGGGUUACUUUUGAUCCGGUGCUCCAUCUUUGUUGCCGUGAUGUCUGGUGUGUGCCUAUUGCUAUGGUAUGGAAAGGCAAAAGCCAAGACUUAUGUUGAAUCAAAGCUUUUACCUUCUGUUUGUUUGCUACUGAGUGAGCACAUUCAGCGUGAGCUUGAUUUUGGUAAGGUUCGUGGAAUUUCACCUUUGAGCAUUACAUUGGAGUCUUGUUUGAUUGGGCCUCAUAAUGAAGAGUUCUCUUGUGGUGAGGUGCCCACUGUAAAACUACGAGUCCUACCUUUUGCGAGUUUGAAGAGGGGAAAGAUUGUAAUCGAUGCAGUUUUGUCGAAUCCAAGUUUGCUUGUAGUGCAAAAGAAGAAUUUUACCUGGUUAGGAAUACCUUCUUCCGAAGAAGGUAGUCUACAAAGGCACUUAUCAACUGAAGAAGGAAUUGAUAAUCGUACGAAAAUCAGGAGGAUUGCUAGAGAGCAAAUAGCCAUUCGCUUUGAUAAAGAAAGAGAUGAUGCAGCUAGGGAAGCUGCAGAGAUGGGUUACGUUAUGUCAGAGAAAGGAUCUCAUACAUCUGGGGUUGAUGUGCCUAAUGACACUGAAUCAUUUUUCUGCAUGGAUGAGCAACGACUGCACUGGCAAGAUCAUCACUGCAUGGAUGCAGGUGUUGAGUAUGAUUUGAAACAUGCAGACUUAGAGAAAGCAUUUGGGGUACAAAUUCCUGAUUCAGGGGUUAAAUUCUGGUCUAGGCUUGUAUUAGGGCCUGUAAGGCAUAAAUUCAAGAGGAAAGCUAAUGGGCGAGAUAUAGCUGCCACUGGUGUCACAGCCAAAAGAAGAAUUCUUGAGCGCAGUGCAGCAGCAGCUUGUAGUUAUUUCCAUUCUCUACCACUUAGGAGGUUUGGCGAUCCUUAUCAGUCAUUUGGAGGUCCUGAUGGUAUGAACAAGACUCUUGUGGAUAAAAGUGAGGGUGAUACUAGCAUCCACCCUUCUGUAAGUAAUAGUUUUGAAAAGCAUUUAACAACUGAUUAUAGGAAUGGGGCAGUUAAAUUUGGAGGAAAGAAGAAUUCUGAGCAUGGAACAGUUGAAGAAGCUGACAGUGAUUACUCUACUAAUGGAGGAGUCUUAGAAUUUGGGAAGAAAUCAAAAAUUGAUCCUGAAUAUGAAGAAAAUUCUGGUAGACUACUUGGAAUCAGAAAUUCCAUUGACCAAUUUUCAUCUAUUACUGGUGUUGCGGCAUCAGGAAAAACCAAUGGUUGCGAUGUACAAGGUGGAGAUUCAGGAGUUGAUGGCGCAAGUAGAUUGGAAGACCUGGGGACACUUGACAAUAUUUCAGACAGUCAAGGACGCCGUAGAUCUCAGGGUUCAACAUCCAUAAAACUGGACCCUUCGGUUGCAACACACCAUUCGAUCAUACUUUGGCCCUCGAGCCUUAAGCUAGAAUUACCUUGUUUAAAUGAUGGCCUGAGGGAUCUUUGGUCAUACUAUAUUGCUGGUCCUGUUAAAAGGCUGAAGUUAGAUGUGGGUCUGAAGGUUGAAGAUAUUGUUGCGGAACUCGCAGAGGGGGUAGAUGACAUGCAGAACUCUGGUAUUGAGAGAAUGCUUCCUGUUACUUUGGAUUCUGUUCGUUUCAAAGAUGGAACACUAAUGCUACUUGCGUAUGGUGACAAGGAGCCCAGGGAGUUGGGCAAUGUGAAUGGUCAUGUAAAGUUUCAGAAUCACUAUGGUCGUGUCCACGUACAACUAACUGGAAGCUGUGGUAUGUGGAGAUCAGAUGUUCCAUCAGAAGAUGGUGGCUGGUUGUCUUCAGAUGUUUUUGUUGAUAUCAUUGAGCAGAAAUGGCAUGCUAAUUUGAAAGUCGUGAACAUCUUUGCACCGCUUUUUGAAAGGAUUCUAGAAAUUCCAAUCGCGUGGUCUAAAGGGAGAGCUACUGGUGAGGUCCACAUAUGCAUGUCAAGAGGAGAAACUUUUCCUAAUCUUCAUGGGCAGCUUGAUGUGACGGGGUUGGCCUUCCAAAUAUAUGAUGCUCCAUCAUUGUUUUCUGACAUGUCUGCAAGUUUGUGUUUCCGUGGUCAACGUAUUUUUUUACAUAAUGCAAGUGGCUGUUUUGGCAAUGUUCCGUUGGAAGCUUCUGGAGAUUUUGGCAUUAAUCCGGAGGACGGAGAGUUUCAUCUUAUGUGUCAGGUUCCUUGUGUUGAAGUAAAUGCCCUGAUGAAAACUUUUAGGAUGAAACCUUUAUUGUUCCCGUUGGCUGGAUCAGUAACUGCAGUAUUCAAUUGUCAAGGACCCUUGGACGCUCCUGUAUUUGUUGGAAGUGGAUUGGUUUCAAGGAAGAUAGCUCAUUCAGUUUCUGAAUUUCCUGCAUCAUCUGCAUCUGAGGCAAUGGUGAAGAAUAAAGAUGCUGGUGCAGUGGCAGCAAUUGACCGUAUCCCAUUCUCAUAUAUUUCAGCCAAUUUCACUUUCAAUACUGAUAAUUGUGUUGCUGACUUGUAUGGGAUCAGAGCUAGUCUCAUUGAUGGUGGAGAAAUUCGCGGGGCGGGGAAUGCAUGGGUUUGCCCGGAGGGUGAAGUGGAUGACACAGCAAUAGAUGUGAACUUUUCGGGGAACUUAUGGUUCGAUAAUAUUGUGCAACGAUAUUUACCUGGUUAUCUCCAGGCAAUGCCAUUCAAAUUGGGAGAUUUAAUUGGAGAAACAAAAGUUUCUGGAUCCCUAUUGAGACCGAGAUUUGAUAUUAAAUGGACUGCACCAAAAGCUGAAGGGUCAUUCACUGAUGCUCGAGGAGAUAUCAUCAUCUCUCAUGAUUGUGUUGCCGUCAAUGCUUCGUCAGUCGCUUUUGAAUUAUCUUCGAAAGUUCUAACAUCUUAUCCUGAUGAAUACUGGUUAAAUAGGAAAGAGAAUGAUAUGAAAGCUGCCAUGCCAAUCACUGUGGAAGGAGUUGAAUUGGAUUUACGGAUGCGUGGUUUUGAAUUUUUCAGCUUAGUAUCUUCUUAUUCUUUUGAUUCUCUGAGGCCAAUGCAUUUGAAAGCAACUGGAAGAAUCAAGUUUCAAGGGAAGGUCAUUAAGCCUCUCGACAUUCCUGAUGUGCAAGUUUGCUAUUCUGAGGCAAAUAUAGAGGAUAUGCAAUUGAAAGAUGAUGAAGAUACACAUAGUCUUGUCGGGGAGGUUUCAAUCUCUGGUCUUAAACUGAAUCAGUUGAUUCUUGCACCUCAGUUGGUUGGAGCAUUGAGCAUUUCACGCCAAUGUGUCAAGUUGGAUGCCACAGGCAGGCCAGAUGAAAGUCUUGCUGUGGAGGUUAUAGGUCCAUUGCAGCCUAGUGUUGGAGAAAACUUAAUUGGGAAAGUGUUGUCUUUUGCUCUUCAAAAGGGGCACCUAAGGGCUAAUAUUUGCUACCGACCACUUCAUUCAGCUAACUUGGAGGUGCGCAAUUUGCCACUUGAUGAAUUGGAGCUGGCUUCACUUCGAGGAACAUUACAAAGAGCAGAACUUCAGCUUAAUUUUCAGAAAAGAAGGGGCCAUGGAGUGUUAUCCGUACUUCGGCCGAAAUUCAGUGGCGUGUUGGGCGAAGCUCUAGAUGUAGCUGCCAGAUGGAGUGGUGAUGUUCUCACUGUAGAAAAAGCUGUUUUGGAACAAUGCAACAGCCAGUACGAGCUACAAGGUGAAUAUGUGUUGCCUGGCACCCGAGAUCGGAACUCCACAGGUAAGGAAAGAGGUAGCUUAUUUGAAAGAGCCAUGGCUGGGCAUCUGGGUAGUGUGAUAUCUUCUAUGGGUCGAUGGAGAAUGCGGCUCAUAGUUCCUCGAGCUGAGAUUGCUGAGAUGCUUCCACUUGCAAGACUUCUUUCUCGAAGUACAGAUCCUGCAGCUCAAUCUAGAUCAAAGGACCUUUUUAUACAAAGUUUGCAGUCAGUGGGACUGUAUACUGAAAGCCUUCAGAACCUGCUUGAGGAAAUUCGGGGUUAUUGUACUGCGCCAAAUGAAGUAAUUCUUGAAGAGUUGAGUCUUCCGGGUUUAGCUGAGCUUAAAGGUCGCUGGAAUGGCAAUCUUGAUGCAAGUGGUGGAGGCAAUGGGGACACAGUGGCGGAAUUUGACUUUCAUGGGGAAGACUGGGAGUGGGGGACCUACAAAACUCAGCGUCUUCUAGCAGUUGGUGCAUACAGCAAUGAUGAUGGUUUGCGCCUUGAGAAAAUGUUUAUUCAAAAGGACAAUGCCACAGUUCAUGCAGAUGGAACCUUGUUGGGGCCAAAAUCUAAUUUGCAUUUUGCUGUUUUGAAUUUUCCUGUUAGUCUGGUCCCUACACUGGUUCAGGUUAUUGAAUCUUCCGCUGCUGAUGCGAUUCAUUCUUUGCGGCAAUUGUUGGCACCUAUAAGAGGUAUAUUACACAUGGAGGGGGAUCUCAGAGGAAGUCUUGCUAAGCCAGAAUGUGAUGUGCAAGUAAGGCUCUUGGACGGUGCUAUUGGUGGAAUUGAUCUUGGACGAGCUGAAGUUGUUGCUUCCCUAACCUCAACCAGCCGUUUUCUGUUUAAUGCUAAAUUUGAACCCAUUAUCCAGAGUGGUCAUGUACACAUUCAAGGAAGUAUUCCAUUAACUUUGGUCCAAACUAACAUUUUGGAGGAAGAAAAAAUCGAAAGGGAGAAAAAUGAAGCAACUUGGAUUCCUGGUUGGUCCAAGGAAAGGAGUCGAGGUUCAGCGGAUGAAGUGACUGAUAAAAAAGCAGCUAGAGAUAGAAAUGAAGAAGGUUGGGACACUCAAUUGGCAGAAACUCUCAAAGGCUUAAACUGGAACAUUUUGGAUGCAGGUGAAGUUAGGGUUGAUGCUGACAUUAAAGAUGGGGGCAUGAUGUUGUUAACUGCUUUAUCUCCCUAUGCCAAUUGGCUUCAGGGCAAUGCAGACAUAACACUCCAGGUCAGAGGUACUGUUGAACAACCAGUGCUCGAUGGAUCAGCAUCUUUUCACAGGGCAACUGUAUCUUCACCAGUCCUCCGGAAACCUCUCACAAGCUUAGGUGGGACGGUUCAUGUGAAUUCAAAUAGGUUGUGCAUCGUUUUGCUGGAGAGUAGGGUAAGCAGAAGAGGGAAGCUGUCAGUAAAAGGAAACCUUCCUCUCAGGACUAGUGAAGCAUCUCUUGGUGAUAAAAUUGACUUGAAAUGUGAAGUCUUUGAAGUUCGGGCAAAGAAUAUUUUAAGUGGUCAAGUUGAUUCUCAGUUGCAAGUAUCAGGUUCCAUAUUGCAACCCAACAUUUCUGGCAAGAUUAAAUUGAGUCAUGGAGAGGCAUAUUUACCGCAUGAUAAGGGUAGUGGAGCGGCUCCUUCAAAUAAAACAGCAUCCAACCCGUCAAAGAUUUCAAGUGGUGGUUACAAUCGGGUGGUAGCGUCAAAAUAUGUUUCAAGGUUUUUCAGUUUUAGGCCUGCUGCUUUGAGAGCCCCAUUCCAUGAACCUCCUGGUAAACAUGGUGAAGGUGAAAAGGAAAUGGGGAAAGUAAAUAGCAAGCCCAAUGUGGAUAUCCGCCUUACUGACUUAAUGCUUGUUCUUGGGCCAGAGUUGAGGAUAGUUUACCCUUUGAUUCUCAAUUUUGCUGUUAGUGGAGAGCUUGAGUUAGAUGGCAUGGCUCAUCCCAAAUGGAUAAGACCUAAAGGCGUUCUAACUUUUGAAAAUGGUGAUGUAAAUCUUGUUGCAACUCAGGUCAGGCUAAAGCGUGAUCAUCUGAAUGUAGCAAAAUUUGAACCUGAUUAUGGACUUGAUCCAAUGUUAGACUUGGCUCUUGUCGGAUCAGAGUGGCAAUUCAGGAUUCAAGGUCGAGCUAGUAAUUGGCAGGAAAAAUUGGUUGUAACUUCGACACGUUCUGUGGAACAAGAUGUCCUCUCACCUACUGAGGCUGCUAGAGUCUUUGGGAGUCAAUUGGCAGAGUCCAUCUUAGAAGGUGAUGGCCAACUUGCAUUUAAGAAGCUUGCUACUGCCACACUUGAGACAUUAAUGCCAAGAAUUGAAGGUAAGGGAGAGUUUGGACAGGCUAGGUGGAGGCUAGUUCAUGCGCCUCAGAUCCCCAGUUUGCUUUCUGUUGACCCCACUGUUGAUCCUCUUAAAUCGCUAGCCAGCAAUAUUUCAUUUGGAACAGAAUUUGAAGUUCAACUCGGGAAACGCUUGCAGGCCUCGGUAGUGCGGCAGAUUAAGGAUUCUGAGAUGGCCAUUCAAUGGACCUUGAUCUACCAGCUUACGAGCCGCUUGCGGGUCCUUCUCCAAUCUGCUCCGUCUAAGCGCCUGCUUUUUGAAUAUUCUACUACAUCACAAAAUUAACCUCUAGGAACAGGAAUGUAGGUUGGUAUAGGAAUGCAGGAUUGGAUAUCGUAUGUAUCUCAUUACUCUGCUCGGGAAUGAAUGAGCUUUGUUUGUAAGUUACGGAAUUGGUGCUAUGUCAUUGUUCUUUGCUGAGAAAUGAAUGAGCUUUUUUUUA